AUGAAGACUGUAAUCUGUUUCGUAGUUGCCCUAACCGGGGUGCUCAGUAUUGAUGUCAAGUCUCUACUGGAUACAACCUACACUGACAAAGCAGGAAAUAAUGUGACUUUGGCAGAUCUGUCUGGUAAAUACAUCGGACUUUAUUUCUGUGCUUCUUGGUACGACAAUUGUGAAGUGUACACGCCGAAACUGGUGAAGGUUUACAAUAAAAUACACGAGGACAAGAAUUGGGUGAUAAUCUGGAUUUCGGAGGAUCAUACUGAGGCAGCAUCAGACCAGGACUUCAAGGAUAUGCCCUGGAUACGACUUAAUUGGAAUGAAAAGUCCACACGUGGGAAGAGCAUGUUCAAACUUUCUAAACAGCAUUUUAUACCAGCAGUCACUAUGAUCGAUCCUAAUUACAAGGUUAUCAACACGGAGUGCUCUGACCUGAUCACCUUCCAACCAGAAGAUUUUCCUUGGCAAGAGUGA